ACCAAAUCAAAUAUCCACAACACACAAAUCAUCAGCCCCUCUCAACCAUCAUUAUCAUCAUCUUCUUCCUGUAAAUUUUGCAGCCAUGAUCCCUUCUGAGAUCAGAGGAACAAGCCACUACCUAACCCCAGACAAGCCAUUCUUAAUCCCACAAAACAUCACCACCUUUCUUCCCGACACAAACCUUUUCACAAACCUCGACAUAACCAACCUCCUUGGGACGACCACAACCCAUCAUCAUCUUCUUCUUCACAGUGAAUUUAACAAUAAUGUUGUUCCUGCUUCUUCUUCAACCUCUGAUGAAGCUGAAGAGAAGCAGACAAGCAUGAUCGAUGAGAGGAAACAGAGACGAAUGAUAUCUAACAGAGAGUCAGCUCGAAGGUCGAGGAUGAGGAAACAGAGACACAUGGAUGAGCUGUGGUCGCAGGUGGUUAGACUCAGGACAGAGAACCACAACCUUAUUCAUAGACUCAACCAUGUGUCAGAGUCCCAUGACAGGGCUCUUCAGGAGAAUGUUAAGCUCAGGGAAGAAGCUUCUGAUCUUCGCCAGAUGGUUGCAGAUCUGCAGAUUGGCUCACCUUUUGCCAAUACCCUCACGGAUUUUGAUGACUUCUGAGAUUUCUAUGAACAUUAACAUGAACAACACCACACAGACAAAAUACAUCAAAGUUUCGUACU